AGAUCUGGACUCUGGAGGUGGCUCUUAACUCGGAAUUGUAAUCGUCUGGUCCAACUUUCCCUGGAUAAUUCUGAACGCCAAUUACUCCGAAUCCAUGACGACAAAGUGGCCAUGGCAACCCCUAAUCCCGGCGAGAACUCUUCUUCUAUAUCAUACUCCAAGGCAGUUCAUUCCUAUCCGGCACAUGGCGCCUAUACAAGCAUUCAAGCGCAGUGAUUUUGAUAUGUUAGCAAGGCGAAUAGCCUCCGUCGGUACUUGGAAAGACGCCUGGCUGCGAGCAAACGACAGCUUCGAGUAUUUUGUUUACGAAACGAAGAAGACAGCUGAGAUUAUCGACCGUAGAUAUGGGGUGUUGCAACGACUUUCGGUUGCAGCUCAAUCCACUGCCUACCGUGCCCGUGAAAUCGACCGGAAAUUAGAGAUUUCUCGUCGUUGGCACACCUUUACUCUGGAUUUCAGUCGAAAUUGGCCUAUGUACAAGAAGCAGCUGAGUGACAUUCUGGAGACUCCAAUUGGAAGAGCUGUUGGGACACUUGUCUUCAUUUGGUUUGCUCUAUCAGGAUGGUUGUCCCAGUUUCUGGUUCUUGCAGUUUGGGUGUUGCCGUUUACUGGGCUUCUUUUUAUAGUUACUGAAGCCGAGAAACUAAAAAUUCAGGGAAAUUGCCCGUCUUGUAGAAGUAAGUUUAUUGGAUAUAAAUUCCAAAGAGUUUGCUGCACUAGUUGUGGAAACAUUGUUUGGCAGCCACAAGAUGAUUCUUUUUCCAAAACUGGACGGCAUACCAAGUCUUCUUCCAAGUCGCAAGCAGAUGUCAUUGAUGUUGAGUUUGAAGAGAAAUAACAGGGGCCAGUUUGCCUGAUAUGGAUUUUCUACAUGUGGAUACACAUGCUAUGUACAUUGUUGAGUCUUUAAUUUCCAUAUUUUAUCCCCCAUUUCUUAUAGGGUUUCUAUACAUUAGUUGCAAAUUAUGACCACUUUGAGCGUAUUUUCUAUAUUUGUGCAUUAUAGGUACCAAAAUACAUUUUAUAUCUUAAAUGGGUAAUUUUAAUACUCUUUUGUACUAGUCAAUUCAUGCUUUGCACUUUAAUUUAGAUAUACAAUUAUUUAGAUCUUGAGCAUAAUUGACAUUUGGG